AAAAAGAUAUUUUUUUCAACUGGAGGUACUUUGGUCAAGUCUGCUCGUGAUCUACCAAAUUUUCAAAUGGAACAUGUGGAUAUCAUUAUUGAUGCCAUGCUGGGUAGCCAUCAAACUCUGACUGAACUUCCCACCAAAAAGGAUCGUGAUGCCAUUGUUCAGAUGAUUGAAUGGGCGAAUUAUUCUACAAACACGCCUGUCCAGCACAGUCAAGGUCGCGCUACAACUACUGACAGUCCUACUGGUAGAUUUCAAGCACCGUGCAUAUUGAGUAUUGAUAUGCCAAGUGGAAUCAGUGCUACGACUGGAUGUCCUACUUCCCUGACAUACAUUCAGUCUUUUUGGACUAUAGCCAUGGGAAUGGCGAAAACAGGCCAUUUGAGAUCUCACAAGUAUCAUGGGGAUCUGUUUUUGGCAGACAUUGGAAUUAUGCCAGCAGUGACGCAACGUAUCUCGAACCUGGGUGGAAAGAUUCGAUUGAAAAUGGAUAUAGACGACUCUGGCAGUAAUAAAUAUGGUGUUUCUAAGAGUAGACGAGCCAAAGCUGCGACAAGACGAUAUACGCCACCGUUUGGCGACAAGUAUCUAGUACUUCUUGAGCAUGUUUCAUGGACAGAUAUAUUGAGCAAAAAUAACUAAAUUCUUUUGAAUCACAAUCAUUUGAAUUUUCGAUUAAAGCCAAGGGAUGAUACCC